GAUGGGCUAAUAUCUCACAUCUCGUACAGAGAAGUCUGGAAAGAUGGAUGCACUGAUGAGACAUGGCAGAGAAUCUCAUCACUUGGAGCUGAUUAUAUAUCGGCUCGCUUCCCUUCGAUCUUGCCUCCAUCCAAAUUAACCUUCUUACUUCACUCUUCCUCCUCCUCCUCUUCAUCAACAUCACCUACAUUGUCACAAUGACUCCUGAAACCCUGGGCAUUGCGAUUGUCGCCACGCUCUUCUUCAUCGUUCGAUAUCUAAAUCGUACAGAUACCCCAAAGAUUCAAAAUUUACCGGAAAUUCCUGGAUAUCCUCUCUUCGGAAGUCUUUUGGAAUUUGGUGUCUCUCAUGCAUUGGUGGCCAAGAGAUUGGCCGAGAAGUAUGGUGCUGUCUUCCAAGUAAGAUUAGGAAACAGGCGGAUUGUAUUCGUCAACACUUUUGACGCUGUCCGCCAUUUCUGGGUCACCAACCAAUCGGCUUUGAUCUCUCGCCCUACUCUUCAUACUUUCCAUAGUGUGGUAUCUACUUCUCAAGGGUUUACCAUUGGUACUUCGCCGUGGGAUGAAUCUUGCAAACAACGAAGAAAGGCUGCCGCUACUGCUUUGAAUCGUCCGGCUGUUCAAACUUAUAUGCCUAUUAUCGAUCUCGAGUCUAAGGUUUCCAUCAGAGAAUUACUCAACGAUAGUAAGAAUGGCCAAGUUGAUAUCGAUCCCAUCUCUUACUUUCAAAGAUUUGCUCUCAACACUUCUUUGACAUUGAACUAUGGAUCAAGACUUCACGAAGUCAAGGAUAGGGAUUUACUGCAGGAAAUUUGUGAUGUGGAAAGAGCUGUUAGCAAUUUCAGAUCUACGAGCAACAACUGGCAGGAUUAUAUUCCAUUACUGAGGCUGUUGCCAAGUUCGAACACUGAGGCUAUCCAAUACCGAGAAAGAAGAGACAAGUACUUGAAUUACUUGUUGAACAAACUUAAGAAACAAAUCGACGAAGGAACAGACAAUCCUUGCAUUACUGGAAACAUUAUCAAGGAUCCUGAUGCGAAGUUGAAUGAGAAUGAACUCAAAUCUAUUUGUCUAACAAUGGUUUCUGCUGGUCUCGAUACCGUUCCUGGUAACUUGAUCAUGGGUAUCGCAUAUCUUUCCUCUGAACACGGUCAAGAAAUCCAAAAACGAGCAUAUGAAGAAAUCAUGAAAGUUUACCCCGAUGGAGAGGCAUGGGAACGUUGUCUCGUUGAAGAAAAGGUUCCAUAUGUUACUGCUUUUGUCCGCGAAGUACUUCGAUUCUUUACUGUUAUUCCCAUUUGUCUUCCAAGAACCAGUAUCAAAGAUAUUGAAUACAACGGGGCUACUGUUCCGGCUGGUACUACUUUUUACAUGAAUGCAUGGGCCGCUGAUUACGAUUCCAACCACUUCAAAUCUCCCGAUACCUUUUCCGUUGAACGUUACCUGGACAAUCUCGAAGGAGGCGGAACACCUCACUACGCUUACGGUGCCGGCUCUCGCAUGUGUGCAGGUUCACAUCUCGCGAAUAGAGAACUCUUCACUGCUUUUAUCAGAUUGUUCACAGCCUUCCAAAUUGUGGCCCCGAAAGAUCCAAAGGAUAGACCAAUCCUAGAUGCUUUGGAAUGUAAUGCGGUUAAAACUAGUUUGACAACAGAUCCCUAUCCAUUCAAGGUCGGUUUCAAGGUUAGGGAUCAAGGAAAGCUGGAGAGAUGGAUGAGUGAAGCAGAGGAGAGAACGAAGGAUCUUCAUUGAGAAGAAAGAUGUGGUAAUGGAUCUAGGAGAGAUAAGGCGAGAGGCAACUCAUAAUUCACUGGGUUGUGGUGGGAAAAUUAUAUCAUGAUUCAUGACACGGAAUGAAGCAUCAUAGAUAUUAGCAUGGCGUGGUCUUUUGUAUUGCGUACUGCAUAGCGAGUUUUACUUUUUUUUCCCUGCUACCAAUUUUAAAAAAUCA